UAAACCAGAAUCAACCGAUAUAAUAAAUCUUUACGACCUUAGAUUCAAGGAAUCGGAAAAAAGGAUUAUUUUGCAUCGUUGGCAAGACGCCCCCAAAAUAUUCUGCUAAGUUUACAAGGUGUCUCGAAAGUGCCAUCAUGACCUAUGAGUCUUCUUAUGAGAGUGGUCGAACACCAUACCUGCCCGACAGCAAACGGGGCAAAUGGCUGGAUCCCCAAGACUUCAUCUGUGCCGGCAUCUGUCUAGUGUUCCAGAUUGACAUAAUAAGCAAGGGAAUGUUAUCAACAACAGAUUCUGGGUUUAUUUUAUUUUUACCUGCAUACCUUCUAAGUAUAGUCCUCUACAUAGUGCCUUUAAUGGUCUUAAAAUCUUAUAUGGGUCAAUUUUCAAGUACUGGCUUUAUAUCCGCCUUCCGAUUGUCUCCGAUGUUUAAAGGCAUUGGUUAUGUAUCACUGAUGACCAAUAUCUGCGUCUUGGCCUAUCACAGUAUAUUUGCUAUGGUGCCCUUGCUGUACAUGUUUGCCUCCAUGCAACCCACACUACCGUGGAGCUGUGAGGGCUUCAAGACAUGGGCCCAAAAUCUAACCGAAAAAGAAGAAAUAAAUCUGUGCAAUAUAAAACUCUACACUAAUGAGACAAUGGAGUCAUCGGACAACUACACAGAGUUUAUAAAUCACCAUAUUCCAUCAUUCCUGUAUUUUCAAUAUAUGUUUCAUGAUGCAAAAAUUUUCCACCAAGAUGACUUUUCCUUCUCCAUGUCCUGGCAACUACUGAUAUGUGCUCUUAUAGUUUGGACCAUUGUUUCCGUAAUAGUUUUCAAAUUUUUUCAAACUGAAACGAUCGGACUUCUCGUUCGUUAUUCGCUGUGGAUAAUACUUGGUCUAAUGGCGUUUUUCCUGGUUGUCUUUUGUUUUCUUCCUGGUGCCUCACACGUAUUCGUCCACAUGUUUUGGGCAGAUGCGCGAGAUAUAGUGCCAAGUUUAUUUAUGAUACCCAUAUUUGGGAUCUCUGCUUUUGGACCUGGCUGGGGAAUGUUGAUAACAUUGUCCAGCUUCAAUAAAUUCAAUACCCACAUAAUUAAGUCAAGUUGCCUAAUUGCUGUGGGACAAUUUGGUCUCUUGUUCGGUUUGGAUUUAUUGGGCAAACUCAGUGAGGCCUUUAUCUAUGAAAAGACAGAUGGGAAUUACUUCUCUUAUGCAGAAAACAUAUGGCACCUUUAUUUAUCAAGUGGCAGUGUUAUGGCCCACAUGCCUUGGGCCAAUUUGUGGUCGAUACUCUUCUAUUUCAUGUUAUUUUUGUCCAGCUUGGUACUGAUGGUUUUACAACUCCUUUCCAUUAUUACCUCAAUCUUUGAUGAGUUUGUGUCUUUAAGGGAGAAACGACAUGAUGUAACUUUAGCGCUCAUGGUUCUUCUAACUGCCUUAUCGCUGUUCUUCUCUUCCAAUAAUGGAUUGACCUACUUUUCGGCUAUUUCCACGGAUAUUUUCAUAACGCAAGCAGCCAUCAAUUUAUUGCUGAUUUUGAUUGUGUUAUGGAUAUAUGGACGUGAACGCUUUCAACGGGAUAUUGAAUUUAUGACUGAUCAUCGUUUCUCCACUUGGACUGUUCAUGUCUUGCGUUUUGUGUCACCAAUAGGCUUUGUUCUACUUCUGAUUGGAUGUUUCAUGAUAGCCAGCUAUGAGCACUUUUCUUUUGGAACUUUGUACAUCGACAUUUUGAGCUUGGUGUUUUUUGUUAUUCCAUGGUUGUCUAUACCAGGCUAUGCCAUCUAUCAAAUGUGCCAAUCUAUGGGCUCCAUAAAGAUAAGGUUCUUCAGAUGCUGCCGUCCAACAGAUUGGUUUCCACUCAAUGUAGAAGAUAAACAAAAAUACGAGGCAGCUAUUGGAAGUGGAGAAAUAAAUCAUACAUUGAAGGAGGAUUCGAAGGAAGAGGAAGUCAUUUAAAGACAAAUUUUUCUUUUUGCACUGGACGGAUUUGUUUUAGUCUAUACUAUUUAUUCAAUAUAUAACCAUGUCAUAUUUUAUUAUAUAACA